GCCCCGCCCGUUACACCCGCCUCCGGCCCUCGCCCAGCGCGUUCCACCCUUCCCGGCCCCCCUCUGCUCCCUUCGUGGUCGGGACGCUCGGCUCGGGGCCGGGGCUGAGAUCCCCCCUUCACCGGGACCGCCGCCUUCGCUCAGCACUCGCUCGGAACCAUGACCUCUGAGGUGGGGCGGCACCUGCUCUUUCAGUCUCACAUGCCAACAAAAACAACUUGUCUGUCCUCACAAGUAUCUGAUGAUGAACAGAAACAAAAAAGAGAAAAUAUUCGUUCUUUAACUAUGUCUGGCCAUGUUGGUUUUGAGAGUUUGCCUGAUCAGCUGGUCAAUAGAUCCAUUCAGCAAGGCUUCUGUUUUAAUAUUCUCUGUGUGGGGGAGACUGGAAUUGGAAAAUCAACGCUGAUUGACACAUUGUUUAAUACUAAUUUUGAAGACCAUGGAUCCUCACAUUUUUACCCACAUGUUAGACUUAAAGCUCAGACAUAUGAACUCCACGAAAGUAAUGUUCGAUUGAAAUUGACCAUUGUGAAUACAGUAGGAUUUGGUGACCAAAUAAACAAAGAAGAGAGCUACCAACCGAUAGUUGACUACAUAGACGCGCAGUUUGAGGCCUAUCUGCAAGAGGAGCUGAAGAUCAAGCGCGCUCUCUCUCACUACCACGAUUCUCGCAUCCACGUGUGCCUCUACUUCAUCUCCCCUACAGGCCACUCUCUGAAGACACUGGAUCUCUUAGCAAUGAAGAGCCUUGACAGCAAGGUGAACAUCAUACCAGUGAUUGCCAAAGCAGAUGCGAUUUCUAAAGCUGAAUUACAGAAGUUUAAGAUCAAGCUCAUGAGUGAAUUGGUUAGCAAUGGUGUCCAGAUAUAUCAGUUUCCAACAGACGAUGAAACUAUUGCUAAAAUCAAUGCUUCAAUGAAUGGACAUUUGCCGUUUGCAGUUGUAGGAAGUAUGGAUGAGGUAAAAGUUGGAAAUAAGAUGGUCAAAGCUCGCCAGUACCCUUGGGGUGUUGUACAAGUGGAAAAUGAAAACCACUGUGACUUUGUAAAGCUCCGGGAAAUGCUCAUUUGUACAAACAUGGAAGAUCUUCGAGAACAGACCCACACUAGGCAUUAUGAACUUUACAGGCGCUGCAAACUGGAGGAAAUGGGCUUUACAGAUGUGGGCCCAGAGAAUAAGCCACUCAGUCUUCAAGAGACCUAUGAAGCCAAAAGACAUGAAUUUUAUGGUGAACGUCAGAGGAAGGAAGAAGAAAUGAAGCAGAUGUUUGUGCAGCGAGUAAAGGAGAAAGAAGCCAUAUUGAAAGAAGCUGAAAGAGAGCUACAGGCCAAAUUUGAGCACCUCAAAAGAGUUCACCAAGAAGAGAGAAUGAAGCUUGAAGAGAAGAGAAGACUCUUGGAAGAAGAAAUAAUCGCUUUCUCAAAAAAGAAAGCUACCUCAGAGAUAUACCAGAACCAGCCCUACAUGGCAUCGGGCAGCAACCUGAAGAAGGACAAGGACCGUAAGAACUCCAAUUUUAUGUAAAACAAAGGUUCCAGAUCACAGAAGGUCAUCACAAGCAAAAGUUAUUAAAAUGUUAGAAGUAUG